AUGGGCGAUGAUAUGUUUGGUCCCCAGCUUCAGGGCGCAUUUGACUUCACUCUGCGAUUCGAACUCAUCUUUUUUUCUAUUGUCCCGUCAAUAAUUUGGUUUGCCGCACUUCCAUUCUACGUUUAUUCCUACUUGAAGAGCCCUCCUCUCGCCCAUGCUGGAUUACUUCUCUGGACAAAGCUGGCCUUUGCUUUGUCGCUAGUCGCUGUCCAAGCCGCGGCUCUCGCAUACUUUCACCAUCCCGCUUCAAAUUGCUACCACCGUCAUAAAGAUUUGCGGGUCUCUCUCGGCCGCGAGGCCACAGCUGGUUUUUGGAGUCGAUCGUUCUUUUUCUGGAUGAACGGAAUUCUUGUCAUAGGAUUUCAAAGAAAUCUCACAAAAGACGACAUUGGCGAUAUUGGGUUUGAAACGGAAGCGCUCUACACCGAGUUCGCUCGCUGUUGGGAAAAGGCCAACAAAGAAUCAAAGUUUGCUCUUUUGCUGUCAUGCAUCCAAGCUGUCCCGGAGUUUUUUGUUUUUGUCAUCUUGCCGCGAUUCCUGUCCAUUGGAUUCAACUUUUCCCAGCCAUUUCUACUCCAGCGAGUCGUCAGCACCGUGUCUGAAGAGCAUCCAGACCCUCGAGUUGUUGCUUCGCUUAUUGGCGCCACGGCCUUGAUCUAUACUGGUAAAUCGAUGUGCGCGGCCUGGUACAACAGCUACCGGCUCAAGAUCAGAAUCGGUGUGCGAGGAAUGCUCCUGGCAGCCCUUUACAAUAAAACCGUCAGACUCUCAACGGACGAGCUGUCAAAGGCUGCAGCGCUGACCUUGAUGAGUACGGAUGUAAACGGCACACAAGGCCUCAUAUCACUAUCGUACGAGAGCUGGGCAAAAUUGAUCGAGAUAGGCCUGGGGCUUGGCAUUCUCGCAGCAUUCGUCGGGGCAUCUUGCAUCUUCACCUUGGUGCCUGCCAUCAUCUCCUCCAUACUGUCUACAUUUGCGACCAAAAAAAUGGCAAGAACUCGCAAACGAUGGAAUGAGCGAAUCGAAGUCCGCGUCGCAGAUACUUCUUCGAUGCUAUCGCAAAUCAAAGAUCUCAAAAUGACUGGACUGGCUCCAAUCAUGGCAGACAAGCUGCAACAACAAAUGAAUAGUGAGGUAAAAAUUUCCAUGGGCGAUCGACAUGCCAGAAGUCUCAGCUGGGCAAUUUCCGCUCUGGUAGAGACGGCAGCCCCUGCUCUCGUCAUUGGAGCAACUCUGUUUUGGACCAGAGCAUCUACAGGUCUAUCAGUUGCAGACUUCUAUACAACUCUUGCGCUUACCCAGAUGGUGACGGCCCCUUUCGCUUCUGUGCUCGUAUCCCUUCCGUAUUGGGCUACCGCCUGGGCUUCUGUGCAGAGAGUUCAGGAGUAUCUCUGCAAAGAAGAGAGACAAGACUAUCGUACUUUUUAUAUGGACGAUUCUGUCUCAGAAAAGAUGCCACUUAAUCCGGAUGGCUCAGAGCUUGGUCAGUUCACAGAUGUACCAGCCAAGCCCGACUCUACCUCUGCAGUCCAACUCAACAAUGUCUCGGUCUUUUCUCUCCGAAAUGCCUGUCUCAAAGUCCCGAAAGGAAGCAAAACCAUGCUUUGUGGUCCCGUGGGAUCUGGGAAAUCUACCAUCUUGAAAGCCAUCUUAGGUGAGGUACAAUUGCAGAGCGGAGACGUCUCUUUGUCCUCCAAGUCUGUUGCAUACUGCGAACAAGAGCCCUGGGUUUUGAACGACACGAUUGAGCAAAACAUCAUAGGAAACAGUGCUCGAGACUCCGACCGCCUCUGGAAGAUUAUCAACAUCUGUGCCCUGACCUCUGAUUUGGACCGGCUUCCAGACGGCAUUAUGACACUUGCUGGGAGCGAGGGUUGCAAUCUCAGCGGCGGUCAAAAACAGCGAAUCUCUCUCGCAAGGAGUCUGUACGUCGGUGCCGACUUGGUGCUUCUCGACGAUGUCUUCAGUGCGUUGGAUAUCCCAACAGCGUCCAUCAUCAGGCAUAGGCUUUUUGGCAAAGGUGGCUACUUCCAAGAGGAGCCUACUACUCUGAUCAUGGCGACAAAUAUCGCGCAACACCUCGAAGAUGCGGACUUCGUGUUUGAAGUCAACGCCGACGGCCAAGUCCAAGCAGUCCCGCAAAAGCGCAUUCUGAGCAACACGAGCGCCAGUGAACCAAAUAGAUGCAAAGACAAUGUUUCUGAUAAUGGCACUGACAGUAAGGAGACAUCAGUGGUGCAAGUCACAUCGAGCGAUACCGAAAUAAAACACCAGCGGUACGGUGACUGGGCGCUUUAUGGAUACUUUUUCAGGGCUGCUGGCUUGCGUAAUGUCAUUCUAUGGUUGGCCGCCAUUAUGCUAGCCGCCAUAGUCGAAAGGUUUCCUCCAAUCUAUGUCCGAAUCUGGCAGGAUAACCACCCGCACAAUAACCUCUACUUUAUUGGCUACGCGAUCAUAAGUUUUGCUAAUCCAGUAUCCAACAUGGCAUGUUCACUUGCGUACUUCUACUUGGUCAAUGCCGCAGCUGCGAGAUCUUUGCACCGCACUCUAGCAAACACAACCUCUCGGGCUACCCUCGACUUCUUGACAAAAGAGGAUACUGGCGUACUCUUAAACAGGUUCAGUCAAGAUAUUUCUGCGGCUACACAGGAGUUACCUCUUUAUGUGAUGCCGACAAGCUGGCUUUUCUUCACAAUCUUCAUCGACAUUGGUGUAAUUGCAUCCGGGGCGAACUAUGCCUCGCCGAUUCUGCCAUUGUUUCUUGUUCUCGUCAAUGGCUGUCCACGUGAGCUUUUGAGCGAGUGGAUCUCCAUGUGGACGGGGACGGAAACGAGUAUGGGUGCUGUGGCCCGAACUCGCGAGUUUGCGCAAACGACCCCCCUUGAAGAGGAUCUUGCAGAUUCAGAUAGCCUCGCAGCAGCCAUUCCUGACAACUGGCCACAGUCCGGCAGUGUUGAGGUCGAGAACGUGAGCGCAAGUUACCAGGCUGACAGUGCUACGCCACGCAGCGCAUUUGAGAACGUCUCUGUUUCUAUCCCAUCGGGUAAAAAAGUCGGCAUAGUGGGAAGAACAGGCAGUGGCAAGACUUCGCUACUUCUCACGUUGCUAAACCUGUUGGAGCAUUCCGGAACCAUCAGCAUUGACGGUGUUGACAUUCGGCGGGUACCACGCAACAUGCUUCGCUCUCGAAUAACGACCAUAACCCAAUCCGGUAUCGAGCUACCUGGCUCUGUUCGCUUCAACAUCAAUCCAUAUCCCGCAUCCAUCUGCCCCGGCCAGCUCGAGGUUACUGACGACAUGAUGGUUGACGUUCUGUGCCGCAUCGGUGCUGGACUGUGGGAAAGUAUUCAGCCUCGCGGUGGCCUGGAUGCUGACAUGAGUAAGCUUCAACUCUCGCAAGGACAAAAGCAAUUGGUGCAGCUGGCGCGGGCCGUGGUGCAUAAACAGAGUGUCGGAUCAAAGCUUGUGCUGGUGGAUGAAGGAUCCGCCAGCUUGGAUCAGGAGACGGAGCGUCGUGUGCAGGCAAUCAUAGACGACGAGUUCCAGGCCUGUACUGUGAUUACUGUAUCACACCGGCCAGCUGCUCUACAGCAUGUUGACUUUUUUGUCCGCAUGACUGAUGGUAGAGCGGAAGUUGUUCCAUCCACGGGGGCCAGGACCGAGACUGACGUCGAUCGAUAG